AUGUCUUGAUGAAAUUGUCAUGCGCAGAAGAAAUGUAUACGAUUCUGUCAACGUGUGGUGCAGUUUGACAAAUAGAAGCUCUUGAAUUCCAAGUUAGAAAUGUUUGAAUUCCGAGAUAUCAAGAAAACUCGACGUUUUCCGAUAAUUUCAUUAAUUAUCGUUAUUGUUGGAUAUACUAUUACAGUUAAAGCCGAUAUUGUGUUCCAUUUUCCUGAAUAUGACUACAAAGAGACGAGUAAAAAUGAACUUUCAUAUCGGGAGUUUGAAUCGGCUUGUGAUCAAAGCAAAAGGUGUGAAAUAUUGGCCGGAAUAGCUCGUGUUCGUUGUAUUCGAGAAUGUGUAUCGCCUUCGUGUUACAAUGAGAUUUAUGAGUUCGAUGAGCUUGAAGAAGGUGAAAUUGAUGUACGUUUGAACUCAUUUAAAGGUUGCUUCAUCCAACGUUUGGGGAGGUCUCGCAAUAGAUAGAUCGUGUUUUAAUUAAAGUAACAUAUUUUGAGCCGACAUUUUUUUUUUGAAAAACAAUUCGCUGAAGUAAUUACUAAUUGAGAAAUUCUAUUUUAUAAAUUCCAUUUUUGGAACUGUAAUCAUGCUAUUUCUAAAUGAAUUUUUUCGUGGUUUUCAAUGUACUUGGAUUUGUGAGUUUCAAACAAUUCGAUUAGUUUUUUUCGGAAUGUUGCAUGCAUAUCAUUGAUUUCGGUUUCACUAACGUCUUUUGAUUCUGGAUUUCGGUUUAUAUGAAUCGGCGCACCAACAACUAAUGUAAUUGGACGUCGCCGGGGGAUUAAGCCAAAACUCUGCUGAAAAAUACCACGGCCGUUGAAUGCGACUGGCGCUAAUGUUGUAUAUUUUUUGAUUAUCUCUUGAAUUUUGCGAACAAACGAAUCAGUUUUACUUUGCGUUGUAUCAUAAACGUUUGUCUCACCGAAGGCCACUUAAAGAAAUAAAUAAAAUAUCCCGAUUUAAAUAUAAUAAA